GAUCCAUUUAAAAACAAUAACAAAAUCAAUAUUGCUUUGUGAGUGUCAGCUUACAGUUGUUGUUUCUCCGGCUUGGUAACCUGGCAGCGUGCACACGUGACACUACUGUUUGUGGCUUGUAAAAUGUGUGAAAGUCAUGACUCAGAAGUAGCAUCGGUGGUUCCUUGUGAGUUCGAAGAGGAGGGGUGAAGAUGAAAGGACAAGUUAUUACAAAGAGGAAAAGUUGGUAAAGCAUACAUGGAGAGUUAAUGUCAUUGAUAUCCAUUCUUAAUUCAUCGGGUGCCAUUUGACCAAUUGGACUGGGAGGCCUCCUAGUUCAAAUGGAAUGGACAUCUAUUGACGUCAAUGGAUUUGAAACAUGAUCAUUCACUGCCAGGCCUCCUAGAAUGCUCAAAAUAUUCGAUACUUCAGACAUUGUAACUUCAAACUGUAAAGAAAUCAAAUGUUGUCCUUGAACAAACAUGUUUGCCCACAUCUGCAUUUUGUGAACAUGACACAACUUCCCAAUGCACAACACCCUUAUUUACAUUCUUGGUAAAAUAUGACUGCCUGUUUUAGUGGGCCUCAGGACAUCUUUAAGGAAAAGAUUGUCUUCCCAUCUAUAAUACCCCGCUUUAAAGUGUUCCGGUAUGUCUUGGUUUCCUACUGUUGCCUGGCAAAUGCCAUCCUAAGACAAAAACAUGUUUGUUUUCCCUUAAAUCAGAACAAAUGCAUUCCAAUUUCCCCCAACACGUGCUUAGUGAUUCACAUUCAAAGCCGGGGGCCCCUUUAAGGUCGCUCAUUGAUGAUGUCACCAGCCUGUCUUUGACCCGGGGUUUCCUCCAUAAACUGAGCAACAUGUAGGCCUGUCACACUUCCUUUUCGUAACCACUCUACCCAUUUGCGUGUCUGGUGGUAUUGAACAACAGCCCACGGUUAUAAAAACACAUUACCAGCACUGGAGAUCUGAUGCAAUGUGGCGCAUCGCCCUCCCUCCCUGCUGUCCUUUCCAGGCCUCCCUAAAAUAGGCCAGCUUUGAGGCAUGUGAUUAUAAGUGCCACGAGUAAGGCUUACACACUCUCCUGCAAGACACCGGCCAGGUGUGCGGUUGUUGUGUAGCUCGUUGACAUGGAAGGUUUUUGUCUAAUCCAUUCUGAAUCUCCCCAUGUCAUUAUCCAUGUCCUGUCAGCUAAUACUGGGUAGUAUGAAUGAAAAUGCUCACAAUACGGCUUAUUAUAUAAAUUACAAUAUCAUAAACCUAUCCAAUGUAAACAGAAGCGACAGCGUAUCAUACAUAUUUUUUGCACAAUUGUAAGUUAUAUGAUUAUCUGCAAGUAACCUUUGAGUGAUUUUAGGACUGUAGUAAGCUACCAUUAUAUGAUUAAUGAUAAUUAACUAGAAAAUAGACUGCUUUGGUCACUUCCUUUUAGUUUUGGGGCAUUUCCGAGUCACUUCCUUGUUAACUCAUUAGCGGCCAUUGAUGGUUUUAGACUUCCAAUCCAUUUUGACUGUGUUGGUCAAAAUGGAUUGGACGUCCAGCACCAUCAGUGGAACUGAAAGAUGAGCGUUCACAGCCAGUUCUCCCGAUUUACUUGAAUUGGAUGUCUAUUGUUGUCUAAGGCGGGCGAUAAUUUAAUAUUUGGUCAGUUCCUUGUUAAUUUUAGGGUACUUACAGUGGUAUGAAAAAGUUUCUGAACCUUUUGGAAUUUCUCACAUUUCUGCAUAAAAUCACCAUCAAAUAUGUUCAGAUUUUUGGCAAAAAUCACACAGAUGAAAAAACUGUCUGCUUUAACUAAAAUCACCCAAACAUUUAUAGGUUUUGAUAUUUUAAUGAGGAUAGUGUGCAAACAAUGACAGGGGGGGGGGGAUAAGUAAUUGAACCAUUACAUUUAAUAUUUUGUAGCUGAAAUAGCGUACCGCACGAAUGCUAUUUCUAGACCGUGAUGUCACCGUCGUAACUGCCCAUGCGAAAUUUUCGAGAACGAUUCACAAAUAUCCAAAUUCCGAUUAUUGAGUUAUACCAGGUAAAGCGGAAGUAAAACACAGUCAGCGCGAUCUUUGGGGCGCAAUGAGGAACGGACCGAGAGUAAAUAUCAUGUUCAACUCAUGCCGCUAGAUAAAAAAACUCAUAUCUGACUGCGGCUGACAGCCGCUACAAACAACGCCCAGUUGCUAGUUGCUACAAACAUACGGUUACAGUAGAUAUCAUAUAUAUGUAGAACUAGAUGCAAAAUGACAGACGACGUCAGUGUUAGAACAUGUAUUAUUGAACAGAGAUGCAAAAUGACAGACUUUCUGGCGUAAGUAAACAGCCGCCAUCUUAAAGCAGUAGACCUCUCUAGAAGGCUCUGUUGUAGCGAACCUAAUUAACUUUUUAUCUAAAAUACUCCUAAAUUGGCAUAAUCUUGUCUUGAAUCUAUCUUUAAAUGAUGAAAUAGUGUUAAAACUUUGACAAAAGUAGACAGAAGGGAAAUUAUGGAAUAACUGGAGCAAUUUUAACAACUGUUAACAGUUGAUUCACAACAUUAAAUUAAUUGAAUGUAGUUUAAAGCUGCGGAUACAGAAUGGGGACUGGAGUUUUUUAUUUACUGUUAUUUUUGUAUUUGUUUACUGUUAUAUGUUAACUUGAUACUGAUAUAGUAGUUUGGUUUAGCCUGAGAGGAUUUUUGAACAAUUUUGGAACUAAUGUAAAAAACAUUUAAAAAAAAAUAAAUAAAUAAAUAAAUAUAAUAGGGAAGGGGGGUGCAUCAAUAAUCGUUUUAUAAUCGAAUCGGAGCCUCUGAAUCGUAAUCGAAUCGUUACGUGCCCAAAGAUUCCGAGCUCUAGUCGUAAUGCGGAAGUGGGUCAUCAUAGACACGCUGUUGCAUACAAUCCAUGUUAUUUCUUCUUGUUUUCUCCGGUAAUCUUUCAAAAAAGAACAUGCCGAGUAAACAUUGCUGCUAUGGAACUUGUAGAAACGACUCUAGACAUUACGACAUAUGAAGGAUGUUUUCUUCAUACGUUUCCUGAAACCAAAAACUUGGAGGGAAAAAAAUGUGAAGAAUGGAUCAACUUGUGUGGACGUCCAAAAGACCAGUUUAACGCCAGCAAGGUGAAGCCAUUCACAUUUCAUAUGCAUUAAACAUUUUGUUGGGGGCCAUGGUCCUACAGAGGACAAAGAUGCAAGCCAUUUUGUAAUUUUUACGUAUUUUUUAGCGUGGCGUUUUGCCCUGCUGCUUCUGUCUGACAAUGAAUGACCUGAAAAAAAUUGAAUGGUAUCUGACUGCCACUGUUGUUACCUUUUCUGUUGUAAAACACAACUUUUGCAAGGGGGAAGUGUAAAUAAAUUAUAGAAUUAAGAUUUGUUAUUGAUGAAAAAAUUAAAAGUGUUUGUUGUCUGUCACUGGGUAGCAUUUGCGAUCGCUACACGAAAAUAGCAAUGUAAAUUACCCCCAAGAACGGUCAGAGACUUAAGACAACCAGAGGAUAUAUUAUAUAAGAAAGACAAGGUAUAUGGUGGUAAAGGAUGAAACAGGAGAAUGUCAUAGCCAGUUGCGUAACGCAAUGUACACAAGAAAAAGGUGUCGAUAAAAAUGCUAUCUCUGGAUCAGGUCGGCUCUUUUCCCCGUCUUUUUCAUCCCUUGACACUCAAGCCAUCUCUUUACCUGAACAUUUGUAUGUUCUUCCACAUCUUUACCAGUGAAUUUGGCACCAGGGACAUCAUUUUCGGACAGAAUUGGUAGGUUUAGCUCAGUCAACAUCUCGUUCGUACACUAUUUCCAUGCAUUAACUAUUAUGGACAAACGGGAGGUUGACCCGCCUAGAAACAAUUGCUAAAGUCAUGAAUAUUAAUGAGCAAAAGUGACGCGUUGCUUGAAGUACGCCAUUGAUGCUGGAAUUUCCAGCAUUCCUUACUGUGGUCUUUUUAAAACGUUAUUAAUAAUUUGGUGUUUUGGCUAAUUACUUGGCUAUGUUGUGCGUAGAUUUACAACAGUUUUCGUGAUGAACUUUCUCGUAUCACCCAACUCUAAUGCCAACUGAGUAUGAAACACUCAGCGAGCACUAAAUAUUAUAUAGUUUGGGUUAAAAAAAAAAAAAAAAAUGGAGGUAGAGUUGAAUGGUCACGAAACAAGUUAAACUUGUAACUCAAAAAAACCAUCUUUGAAAAAAAUGGAGUUUGAGCAACCUUGGACUUUUACAGUUGUGCUGUAUCGCCCCUCCAGCCACUGCAGUGUCCUUGAUGGUACAUUCUGGGCAUUGUUGUGUGUUUUACCAUGAACAAGGCAGAGCACAGGAAAGUAGUUUUUCAUAUGACCAGCGGCACAGCACACACCUUCGCUUCAGGUUUCAGAAGAGCAGGAUAUUAUUGGCUUUUGGAGUGUGUGUGAGGAAGGGUGAGGCAGUCACAGGGAAAAAAGAGAAGAGCAAUAGAAGCAGAGUGUGACCUUAAACCUGAAAGUUAAGCAAACGCUCCAGGUGACGUCAGAGCUGAAUAUGCGGCCUCUCCUCUUCCCCUUGACGGUUUAAAUAAAGUGCUUUGUCAUAGCUUCAUGCUGCAGAGGCAAUUCGUUGACAUUAUUGCUGCGUCAUCGCUCAUCUGUGCAAUUAAACCUGUCAGUGCACUAAUACAAUAAUAAUAGAACAUUACGUUUGUAUUUCUGUCAUCAAGCUGCUCAGCACUGACACAAAGUUGUUCAAUCAAACAAAGAUAUACUUUAAAUAGAAAGAGCAGCAGAAGGUUAGUGUACGUAACAAGGUCAUUCAUCUAUUGCAGUCACUGGAAGCCAAUGAGUUAACAAAUAUUAAUUUACUAAAAAAUAUAUUAGCCUAUAUCAGGCAUUUUUUUAGGUCAUUGUUUCAAUGUACUGAAAUCACUCAUUUGUGUAACUACUGAAUGUGAAUGAUGCAGCUUCCUGUGAACCAUGUCACUUGUGAAUUAUACUAAAAUAUUCCCAAGGGAAAAUAUGUUUUGGAAAAGAACUGCUAAAUUGAAACUAUUUUCGAUAUUAAAAAUCUGGUAUAAUUGGGAUGAGCACUAACACAAGUAUGUGAAACAUGCAACAUUUCUAUCGGAUUUUAAUGGUUAUAUUUAAUUAAUGUAUUAUCCAUUAUGAUUAUAUUUUCUAGCAAAGACAUACAGAAGUUGGUCCCUAUUUUGUUGAUUAAUUAUACAUUUUGUUUCGUGGACACACAAUAACACCAAUUUAAUGAAAUUGAAUAUUUGAUCAGUUAUUGUAUUAGCCGUAGUUUUGUGUAUAUAUAUUAAGGCUGUCAAAAUUAUCGCGUUAACGGGCGUUAAUUAAUUUUUUAAAUUAAUCACGUUAAAAUAUUUGACGCAAUUAACGCACUAGGCCCGCUCAGACAGAUUUAAAUGUCAGUACAAUGAAAGGCCAACUUGUUAAUUGUGUUUUAUGGAGUUUUUCCGCCCUCUGCUGGCGCUUGGGUGUGACUUGCAUAUGUUAUGUGGCGUAAUGUCGCCCUCUGCUGGCGAUUCAGUGCAGCUGAUUAUUUGGGUUUCGGCGCGCUUUUCUGACGUGAUUAUAUGUCGACGCGAACUCACACUAAUAGACAGUGCUAUUCAGACCAGCUAACGUCCGCUAGUGACGGGAAAAGUCGUUCACCUGAGGAAACGAAUCAAUUCCGGUUUGUUCAGUAAAAAGAUUCGUUCAAACAAAUCGUUCAACGAAUCGUUCGCCCUCCUCAUCCCCCCCCCACCCACAACCGCCCAAAUGAAUCGUUCGGUCAGUGAACGGGAAGUGACGUUGCCAAACGAAUCACCAAAAGACCGCUUAGCAUAUAUAACUGAACAGGAAGGCUUGGUCCCUCCCCCUCUUACACAGUACACAGGCUUUUCAUAGGCCGCUCUCUUCGUAAAUUCAGAAGUGAGUGACAGACUGUGUUUUUCUGUGUUUUUUUUUUCACUGCCUCGUCUCUGCCGGCGCCCGGGUCUCCCCAGCCGCUGCAGCAAUGAGAAUUUCCGCGUCUAUCAUAUUUCUAUGGGAUUAAAGCCAUGGCUUGUGCUUUCACUUUGAUAUAGGGAAACGGUUAAACGUAUCCCCUUUUUUUUUAAGCACAAACUUUUUCAAUCACGCUAAAUUGCGUGUACGCUCCCUUCCGUAUUCGUAGCUUAAACGCGUGUUUACGUGAGCUGGCUGCUCGUGAAAGCCAUUUGAUAUACCACCAAAUCAUUUUGGCUGAAGAACAAAUAAAUGUGGAAUUUAAAUAAACUGUUUUCGGCUAUUUUUUCCGGUUGAGUGAUAUUUAUUGCACACAAAUAAGAAAAUAUAAAAAAUAUUAAUAAAUAAUCAAUUUAGAACGUAUAUGAAUAAAUAUUCAAUCAGCGUUAUAAAUAAAAAUUAUUAUUAUUAUUAUUAUUUGGCUUCUCUGACACGAAAGUAAAUAAAUAAAACAACACUCGAAAAAAUAUUACCUAAAAAUCGUGUUGAAAUGUCAUUUUUGUACUGGUAUUAAUAUAUAAAUAAUCCCAUCAACUCCACGCAGUCAUCCCCUCCCGAUCUCAGAUCGCCAAAUGCUGAUGAAAAAAAGAAUCGUUUGCUCUUUACAAUGUAACCAUUCCACUCUCAUUGGUAUGUUAAGAAAAUGGAGACAUACAUGUAUAUAUAACCAUCUGUUAUGUCCUCUGGUCUUAUGUUGACUACUUUUUGGGUUUAAUUUCUUUCUAAGAUUGUACAUUGUUCAUCCGUCCACAGGAUGUCGCUAUUCUAACUCAGAAUCUUAAGUUUUUUUUCUUUGGUAUUGCUGUUUGCGCUCGGCUUCCCCUGGUGGCGACUUGCUGUAAGCAGCAGGCAGAAAGAACUUUUUAUUUCAGUUGGAAAAGAGGCCUUGAGGUGUUAAGACGUUGCACACCUCCUCUGCACCAUACAUCGUUGGGAACCCUUGACAAAACAAAAUCUUUUUACCACACACACACACGCACACACGUUGACACAAAGAAAUAAAUGAGAGGAAGGAGUUCGGGCCUCCAAGUUUCUUUGUCGGUUUAGCUCGCUGCCAAAGUCGAGUAGCCAUACGCUCGGCUGAGGGCAGAAGAGUAAAAAGAUUUUCAACACAUCAAGCACCCAAGAUGUCUCAGCAAGAAGUUUCACCACCUAUCAGCCAAGUGGUCACCAGGUCGGAGGCCAGUCAUUCUCAUUCUUCACGCCGGUCCAGAACGAGUCAAGCUGCUGCACAAGCACGAGCAGACGCCGAAGCUGCCUACGCCAGAGCACGGUACGCCAAACGCCAAAUCGACAUGGAGGUCGAGAAGGCACGCAUCGAGGCAACACUACACGCUCUGAAGACGGAAGGUGAAGCAGAAGCAGCGCUCGCCGCAGCUAAAGUUUGGGAGGCGACUUUCGAAGAAGAGGAGCGCGCCAAAGUCGACCUCAGCGAGCAAGGGGUAUUUUCCAAGACACCCCCCUCCAUCAGGCGUGCACAAGAGUAUGUGCAUGCUCACUUUGACGACCAGCGUGUCCAAGCAGAUGGCACACAAACGCCAAACAAUGAGCACCUGGUUAGGCACAAUGACUCUCAACAACCAGAAAAUAGCCCAAAAUCAGCUGGUGCUUUUCCACAUGUGCGUCACAUCGACAUCGCUGACGAAGAGCAUCUCCAAUCUCAUCGUGCGAGAACGGACAUCUCACACCAGCCUACACCUUCAGCAACCCCACAAAGUGAACUGUCCAAUUUAGCAGCCUAUCUAGCACGGCGUGAUCUGCUGACAUCGGGGUUCAAGGUUUUCGACAACCGGCCAGAGUCCUACCUGUCCUGGAAGUCCAUGUUCUGCAACGCGACGGAAGGCCUCAAUCUCAAGCCCAGCGAAGAGCUCGACCUUCUCACCAAGUGGCUCGGCGGGGAGUCUCUUCAACACGCUCAGAGGAUCAGGGCGGUCCACGUGAGUAAUCCACAGGCAGGUCUCCAACGUCUGUGGCAGCGGCUAGACAAGACUUAUGGCUCUCCAGAGGUAAUUGAAUCCUCACUCUUCCAACGGUUGCAGACUUUUCCAAGAAUCUCCAACAAAGACACUCACUUACUGCAGGAGCUUGCUGAUCUUCUGUUAGAGCUAUCGUAUGCCAAAAGUGAAAGUUAUUUGCCGGGUCUUAGCUUUCUCGACACACCAAGGGGCAUAAACCCGAUAGUUGAAAAACUCCCAUAUGGACUCCAGGAGUCAUGGGUUACACAAGGUACCAAAUACAAAAGGGAAAACGGUGCAGUCUAUCCACCUUUUUCGUAUUUUGUGCGGUUCGUAAAUGACUACGCUGAAAUGAGAACAGACCCUAGCUUUAUGUUACAGUGUUCAAACGUAAUAAAUCCAAGGGUUGGUAAGACAUCAGUAAGACGAGACAAAUACAGAGUUCCACUAGCAGUGAAUAAAAUAGAGAUCAGUCCGGCUAAAUUGACAGCACUCGAUCCAGACAAACAAUGUCCUAUCCACCAAAAACCUCAUUCACUCGUCAAAUGCAGGGGGUUUAGAAUGAAAACACUAGACGAAAGAAAGAACAUUCUCAAAGAGCACGCCAUUUGUUUUAAAUGUUGUGCGUCCACAAAUCACAGGGCUCGAGACUGUAAAGCUAUUAUCCAAUGCUCAGAAUGUGAUAGCGAUGCUCAUGUGUCUGCCAUGCAUGUCGGUCCACCUCCAUGGACACCUCAAGACUUUAAUCCCCCAACCCAGAGUCACGGCGGGGAGUCUGAGGGCCCAAAUCCUGUGAACACAGCCAGUUGCACAGAAGUAUGUGGGCAAGGCGUAAAAGGAAAAUCAUGCUCAAAGAUCUGUUUAGUUAAUGUAUAUCGCCGAACUUCUCCAGAAAAGAAAAAGAGGGUAUAUGCCAUGUUGGAUGAUCAGAGCAAUUCAUCCUUAGCCAGAUCUGCGUUUUUUGACAUGUUUAAUGUGCAAAGUACCAUAUUCCCAUACACCAUGAGAACAUGUGCAGGUUUAUCAGAGACACGAGGUCGCAAAGCUGAUGGCUUUGUUGUAGAAGAUGUAGAUGGUAAGGUCUCCAUGAUGCUGCCUACAAUAACAGAAUGUGAUCAGAUUCCAGAUAAUAGAGACGAAAUUCCCAGCCCUGAGGUAGCAGCAGCUCACCCUCAUUUGCGAUCAAUCGCUUCACAGAUUCCUCCUCUCGACCCAUCGGCAGACAUUCUUCUGCUCCUGGGAAGGGACAUCAUUCAGGCUCAUAAAGUUCGUGGUCAGGUAAAUGGGCCAAACAAUGCACCUCAUGCCCAGCGUCUCGAUUUAGGAUGGGUUGUCAUAGGUGAUGUCUGUCUCUCUGGAGCUCAUAAACCCACAUUGAACUCAUUUAAGACGAACGUUCUAAACAGUGGACGUCCCACGUUCCUCAGUCCUUGCGAAAACACAAUCGUUAUCAAAGAGAAAUACACCAAAAACGAUCCACUAAACACACAAGCGGAACUAGGACAACAUAUUUUCCAACAAACAACAAAUGACGACAAAGUUGCACUUUCGGCAGAAGAUGCGUUGUUCCUAGACAUUAUGCACAACAACUUUGCUAAAGAUGAGGCGAAUAACUGGGUAGCUCCACUCCCAUUCCGCUCACCUAGGCGGCGCCUACCUGACAACCGGGAGCAGGCCUACAAUCGUUUAAUGUCGCUCCGCAAAACGCUGAGAAGAAAGCCUGAAAUGAGAGCGCAUUACGCUGAGUUUAUGGAGAAAAUAUUCAGCAAGGGCCAUGCCGAACCAGCGCCCGCACUGGCGCCAGAUCAAGAGUGCUGGUAUCUCCCUAGUUUUGGCGUUUACCACCCGCAAAAGCCAGAAAAAAUUAGGGUAGUCUUUGAUUCGAGUGCUCAACUUGACAAUGUUUCUCUCAAUGACGUGCUCCUCAAGGGACCAGAUCUUAACAACACUCUCGUAGGAGUUCUGAUGCGGUUUAGGUCCGACCCAUACGCCGUUAUGGCAGAUGUGGAGCAUAUGUUUCACAACUUUAUAGUACGAGAAGACCACCGUAACUACCUUCGUUUCUUGUGGUUCCAAAAUCAUGACCUUGAUGGAAAAGUGCAAGAAUUUAGGAUGACUGUCCAUGUGUUUGGUAAUUGUCCUUCCCCAUCAGUCGCCAUCUUUGGACUGAAAAGAACAGCCAUAGAAGGAGAAAUGGAAUUUGGCAGUGACGCAAAAGAAUUCAUUGAACGGCACUUCUAUGUAGAUGAUGGGCUAAAGUCAUUCUCUUCCAUAGAGCAGGCCAUUGAUGUUCUUAGUAGGGCACAGAAGAUGCUGGCUCAGUGUAACAUACGCCUGCACAAAAUCUCAUCCAAUUGUCCUCUCAUAACAGGAGCCUUUCCAACCGAAGAUCGUGCUGUAGGCAUGCAAGGUCUUGACAUUGGGCAGACUACCCCACCAAUGCAGCGCAGUUUGGGCUUAGGAUGGGAGCUGUCGACUGACCAAUUCAAGUUCCAAGUAAGAGUAAAUGAAAGGCCGUUCACAAAAAGGGGAGUUCUGUCAGUUAUCAACAGUGUGUUCGACCCACUUGGUUUUGCUAUUCCAGUAAUCGUAGGGGGUAGAACCAUACUCAGAGACAUUUCCACAAAUGUUUCAGAGUGGGACACUGAACUGCCAAAAGACAAAUUAGAACAGUGGCAAAAGUGGAAAAGUUCCCUCGAACACCUACAACAUCUUGAAAUUCCCAGAAUGUACACUUCAAUACCGCUGUCUGCAGCCCAAAGAAUAGAGAUUGACGUUUUUUGUGAUGCUUCCACAAAAGGCGUAGGUGCUGUAGCAUACCUCAAACUCACAAAUGAGGACGGACACAGCGAAGUGGGAUUCCUCCUCGGCAAAGCACGUUUAGCUCCUAAACCAGACAUCACCAUACCCCGACUUGAACUCUGUGCAGCAGUCCUGGCCGUGGAAGUAGCAGAGUUGGUUCUAGAGGAGCUGGAUGUCACAGUCGAUCAGGUGAAUCUUUACACAGACUCAAAGGUAGUGCUUGGGUACAUCUCAAACACCAAGAGACGCUUUCACGUUUAUGUGCACAACAGAGUCGAACGCAUCAGGCGCUUUGCACAAACUCACCAGUGGCAUUACGUGCCCACACACUUAAAUCCGGCAGACCAUGCCACACGAGCGUUGCCCGCUGAGCAGCUCUCCAGCUCCACCUGGCUCAGAGGCCCAGCUUUCCUCUCCAGGUUGGACCAAAGUCAAGUUCGAAGUCAAACCUUCGAUCUCAUAGACCCAGAGACUGACUGUGAGUUGCGUCCUGAGGUAACAACUUGCACUACCACCCUAUCAAAAGGCCAGUUUAAUAGUGCCAGAUUUGAAAGGUUUUCAAGUUGGAAGGUGCUGCAAAAGGCUAUUGCCAAACUCCAACAUAUAGCUCAAUCAUUCAAGAACAACUCUGAGGUUUCCUGUCGUGGCUGGCACAACUGCAACAAACAUUUAACUGAAAAGUCACUGCAACUAGCCAAGACCACGAUCAUUCGCACCGUUCAAAGAGAGGUCUUCGCAGAAGAUAUUGGAUGCAUUGAAAAAGGCACAGCUUUAAAAAACUCAAGUCCACUCAGCAAACUGAAUCCAUUUGUUGACACGCAAGGGCUCCUUAAAGUUGGAGGCCGACUAAAGAAAGCACAGUUGUCUGCAGAAGAAACCAAUCCCAUACUCGUCCCUGGAAAGCACCAUCUUGCUCAGCUCAUAAUAAGACACUUUCACGAAAAAUUAUGUCACCAGGGAAGGCAUUUCACGGAGGGAGCAGUCAGAGCAGGGGGCUUUUGGAUUGUGGGAGGAAAAAGAGCAGUAAGCAGUGUGAUUUUCAAGUGCAUCACAUGCCGCAAAUUAAGGGGCAGGCAACCUGAACAGAUAAUGGCUGAACUUCCUGAGGACAGGCUGUCCACGGACCCUCCUUUCACAAAUGUAGGCCUUGAUGUGUUCGGUCCCUGGUCCGUUACAGUGAGAAAAACGCGUGGUGCUAAUGCAGAUGCUAAAAGAUGGGCAGUCAUAUUCACCUGCAUGAGUACACGUGCAAUUCAUAUUGAAGUGAUUGAGUCAAUGGACACAUCGUCGUUCAUUAAUGCACUGCGUCGUUUCUUUGCCAUCCGAGGUGGUGCCAAACUCUUGAGAUCUGAUUGUGGGACAAAUUUUGUGAGUGCCUGCAAAGAGCUCCAAAUAGACAAACUAGGCUGUCACAAUGACAAAAUAGGCACAUUCUUGAAAGACAGUGCGUGCAAAUGGCAGUUUAAUCCUCCACAUGCAUCCCAUAUGGCCGGUUCCUGGGAACGCAUGAUCGGCGUCACCCGAAAAAUCCUCAAUGCAAUGCUCCUUGAACAUCCAUAUGGGAAGCUCACACAUGAAGUACUCGUGACAUUGUUAGCUGAAGUCACCGCAAUUGUAAAUGCACGCCCACUAACGGCUGUUUCUACAGAUCCCGAAAACCCAGUCAUUCUUACUCCUGCGAUGCUACUCACGCAAAAGGUUGGCACACCACCGAUUCCACCAGGGCAGUUUCAGUCCGGUGACCUAUUCAAAGCCCAAUGGAAGCGCGUGCAGUACUUAGCUAAUGUUUUCUGGAGUCGUUGGCAGAAAGAAUACAUCGCAGGCCUGCAGGUUCGUCACAAGUGGAAAACAAAAAAGCCAAACCUUCAAAUGGGCAACGUUGUUUUAAUGAGGGAGUCUCUAGAACAUAGGAAUAAUUGGCCACUCGGACUGAUCACAAAAUCUUUCCCAAGUGAGGACGGUAAUGUCAGAAAAGUUGAGGUUAAGAUUUGCCGAAACGGCGAGAAUAGGUUUUACAUUCGCCCAAUUCGUGAAGUUGUGCUUUUGCUGUCUAAGGGUAGCAUGUAAAACGAGUUGUUGUUUUGUAUCGUUCAUUAGUUAAGGGCUGACAUCUUGCAGAUGUCAGGCGGGGAGUGUUAUGUCCUCUGGUCUUAUGUUGACUACUUUUUGGGUUUAAUUUCUUUCUAAGAUUGUACAUUGUUCAUCCGUCCACAGGAUGUCGCUAUUCUAACUCAGAAUCUUAAGUUUUUUUUCUUUGGUAUUGCUGUUUGCGCUCGGCUUCCCCUGGUGGCGACUUGCUGUAAGCAGCAGGCAGAAAGAACUUUUUAUUUCAGUUGGAAAAGAGGCCUUGAGGUGUUAAGACGUUGCACACCUCCUCUGCACCAUACAUCGUUGGGAACCCUUGACAAAACAAAAUCUGUAAGUUUGUACGUUUUAACAGUGGGUUAGAUGUAAUUUUGGUGUGUCUAUUCUGUUAUUUUGUUGUUAUUUAUGUGGCGCGAACCCACACGUUUUUGUGCUAAGCUAAAGUAGCCACUUCAUUUCAUUUGCUCAUAAUGGAGCCAGUUUUCUGUUAUUUACAUAAACAUGUUAUUGUAUAGAACCUUUUAUUUUGUGUAUAACAUUGGUGUUUUAUGUAUGUUUCAGUUUUACCACACACACACACGCACACACGUUGACACAAAGAAAUAAAUGAGAGGAAGGAGUUCGGGCCUGCAAGUUUCUUUGUCGGUUUAGCUCGCUGCCAAAGUCGAGUAGCCAUACGCUCGGCUGAGGGCAGAAGACCAUCCUACGUCCCCGCGUUUAAUUUUUGGACGCUUUAGUUGCACAGGAUGGACUGAUGGACUCAACGUUAAUUAAUUUGCGCCCCGACCCGACAAGCUGUGACACGGAAAAGAAAAAAAAAAAAAAACUCGGAAAAAUAUGUCAUGAAACUACCGUUUCAUAGCAAAUCAGUAUUAUGGUGAUCAUACUAAAUAGUCAUUUUCCAUGGGCACAGAUUAGAUAAAUUUCGCUGCCAUGAAGUCCAGCUAGAGUCUCUUGACAGCUUUCUCGCCCGCCCCCGCGACGUCUCCAUAGCUCAGCCUUAUCGCCUUGUAGCUACUGGCGAAAGUUUUAACGUACUGUAAAGUGGAUACAAUGUCGUCAUAUGUAGUCUCGAGUCUGUUGAUAAAAGCACAGUAAACUUUGCUCACUGUGUUUAUGUGGUGAUUUUUGUGCAUUUGAGUAGCAUAUGAUAGGCUCAACAUGAAAGAAUAUGUGAUAAAGCCCUUUCCUUUCAGUCCUUAGCUCGUUCACUGCCGCAGCGCUGCUGCGUGACUGCCGGUGUAGGCGCACUAUAAAUUAGCGUAGCCGUCUAGCAGAACGAAUCAUCUAAGCAUUCUCGGUAGGACGGAGAGUCAGUGAACGGGAAGUAACAUAACUCAGCCUUGCCCCCUGCCUGCACGCUGGCUGCUUAUUGGCCACACGUGGAAGUGAGUGACAGACGCCCUGAUUCUGUUUCCGCUCCCUCCCCUGCCCGCGAUGAGGCUGGCGUCUGAUUGGUCGUGUGCUAUGUCAGUAGACGCUGCCGCUUGCUCAACGCCCUCCCACGCAGAUAACAAGGCAAGCCCCAACUUCAUAGAACGAAUCAGUGCAGAAGGUGAUUAGUUCGGUCUCGUUCACCCAAACAAUUCGUUCAAAAAGAACGAAUCGUUCACGACCGAUACAACAGUAACGUCCGCAUCCAGUAUUCAGUGGCAGUUCUCAUAGCCCCAUCACACUGUUUGUGUCUAAUACAUGCAUCGCUUGUGAGUUAUAUUCCUCCUUUGUUUAUAUUCAUGAGCAUUAGAUAGUUAUUGAUGAUGUGUAUUUGAAUUUGUUCACAUAUAUGGUGAAAUGCAGUUACAUUGUUAGAUGCUUGUGAGCUAAUUGGCUAGUGCUACUGCUCAAAUGGACACGUGUGUGUACAUUUUAUGUUAUUUUGUGAUUUAUGCAAGUUAUUGACACAUUGCCUUGUUAUUUUCAGUUUUACAAAAAUACAAGAAACGUGCUCCUUUCAAAAAGAGAUGACUUCAGUAAAGCCCAUGCAACUUUGCCACACCGUCUGAUUUCUUUUUGGAACUUAUGUUCGCUAUCUGUCAAUUUGUGUACUCACACACAUUGAGGACAGAAUAGGGCUACUAGUUUAUUUUUUUGAUUGAAAAUUUUACAAAUUUUAUUAAAACGAAAACAUUAAGAGGCGUUUUAAUAUAACAUUUCUAUACCUUGUACUAAUAUUAAUCUUUUAAGAACUACAAGUCUUUCUAUCUAUGGAUCACUUUAACAGAAUGUUAAUAAUGUUAAUGCCAUCUUGUUGAUUUAUUGUUAUAAUAAACAAAUACAGUCCUUAUGUACCGUAUGUUAAAUGUAUAUAUCCAUCUUGUCUUAUCUUUCCAUUCCAACAAUAAUUUACAGAAAAAUAUGGCAUAUUUUAUAAAUGGUUUGAAUUGCGAUUAAUUGCGAUUAAUUACGAUUAAUUAAUUUUUAAGCUGUAAUUA